AUGCACGCAGGGGGAUGGCUCAACGUUGUCUUUUAUGCUCCAUCUCAGGCAUCCAAUCAAGACACAAAAUACGUGUACUGUCGACUGUGCAGCUCUGAAGUUGGCGUUUUAAAUCGGGAUACUGAUGAGUCCCAUAAGGAACGAAACGCGUCUAGCCUAAGACGAAAUUUGAUCUGUGUGGUGCCGGGUUGUCAAUGCUUGAUGUUCAACAGCAGUGCUUUCGACACUCGCCUCUGUGGCCACUGUGGGCACACGUGGUUCGCACAUGUAAUCAGUAGCACAUGGACUCGGCAGCAGAGCAAGGUGGAAGAAAAUGACGAAGACGACAACGAUGACGCCAACACUGAAGAGACCAGUGGUUCUCACAUUUCUGGAAUGAACGAGAGAUUUGACUCAAAGUCACACCAGGAACAUAAAGUGGAACUCGGUCCACUGGUCGCUAUGACGAGUCUCGUCCUCUUCGGAGUGCAAGCAGUUUCAGCCAAGUUGAAAAUUUUAUUGGAUCGCAUAUUUGGACAAUAUGGCAGAGAGUGCUGUCAGAUUUAUAAGGAGUCAGACGAUGUAAUCAUACAUAUGAAGCUGCUGGAAGAUCUCCUGAAAUAUUUCGGCUGGACGUGGGACGACUACACAAGGGGCUAUCUCUUGAAAAUGAAGUUAUAUUUCUAA